UGUUAACGUAGUCUUUAGAAUUAUUGUAAUAAUUUUCAGUGUGAUAAUAAAAGAGCUAUAUCAUGUACCAAAGUGUAUUAAAUUAUCAAUAAUAACUGAUCAUGAAUGAGUGAUUAUUAUCUUUUUAAGUGACCUUUGAAAUGUCUGAAGUGCAUAUAUAUGUAACUAAUGAAGCAUGUAUUAGCAAAAUAUUUUUGAACUUUAUUUAAGUUUAUUAGUGUCGUAUAUUUGAAUUACAUAUCAUUGGUAAUAUUUAUAAUUCUGUACUUAUUUAACUUAAUCAUUUGUGUCAACGUAUUUUCUUAUAACCACUAAAGACAAAAAAUAUUAUGUUAAGGUUACUUUACACUUUUGUCAAGUAUUUCAUUUGAUAGGAAAGUGUUAGUGAUGUAAUACUAUGAAAUUGAAGUUAAAACAUUUUUGGUCAUUUUUAUAUAUUUAUAAACCCCAGCACCCCAGGACCGGCCCAGCGCAACAAUAAUUUCGCUGCGUUUUUGCUGUUUCGUGUAAAGUGCAUUAUUAUCCAUGGUCACAUAUCUCAUAAAAAGAUAUUUUCCUAUAAGUUAAAAGUAUUAUGAAUUUCACUUUAAAAAAGUUUUGAAUUAAACAAUGUCUUUCGCAUUCUCUAAUCUACGUCGCAUGUCAACUGCAUCUAGAGUUUUGGAAAAGUCAAAAGUAUUUUAUCCUAACCUAUCAGUAUUUAUACGUUGUAAAUCAGAUAAUACAGUUGUGACUAUUGGUGAUGUUUCAAAACAAGUGAAGUCUGCACAGAAUCCUGAAUAUGUACCAAGGAAAUACUUAUUACAAGCAACCACUCAAGAAACAUUAAGGCAUUUAAAAUGGAUGCUUCAAAAGGAUAUUUUAUCUCAAGAUAUUUUUUUAAUGGGAGCACCUGGAAACAGACGAAGAGAAUUAGCCCUAGCAUUUCUUGAACUCACUGGUCGUGAAUUAGAAUUUAUUGCACUUUCAAGAGAUACAACUGAAGCAGAUUUAAAACAGAGACGAGAAAUUAAAUGUGGUACUGCUUAUUACCAUGAUCAAAGUGCAGUAAGAGCUGCAACAAAUGGAAGAAUUCUUAUCAUCGAAGGUGUUGAGAAAGCUGAACGAAAUGUACUUCCAGUUUUAAAUAAUUUAUUAGAAAAUCGUGAGAUGCAUUUAGAAGAUGGUAGAUUUCUUAUUCCAGCAUCACGUUAUGACAAAUUACUAGAGAUGCAUAGCCAAGAAGAAUUAGAUGCGUGGCAUCUUGUCAGAGUUAGUGAAGAUUUUAGAGUUAUUGCACUGGGUUUGCCAUCACCACAGUAUCCAGGACAUCCAUUAGAUCCUCCUCUCAGAUCUAGGUUUCAAGGCAGGCAUGUACCACCAUCAAAUUAUAAAGAUCAACUGGAAACUUUGAAAAAUCUGGUUCCAAACGUAGACUCCGGGAAAUUAUCACAAUUGUUGUCGUGCGCGCAUGCUUUGGUCACAGAAGAGGCAGUAUCCUUAGGUCUUCCUGAUUUCCCUUUAGACAAUCUAACCUCAGCCGCUAUUAUAAUGGACAAGUGUUCGUACCUGUCGGUGUUCGACAUAUUUUAUAGGUUCUAUCCGUACAAGUUGUUUUUGGGUAAAGAGGGUCAAUCAGCUGUCGAGGACAUAUUGAGUACAUUUAAUAUCAGGAGCCGAGUGAAUGAUUCGUCGAGUGUCACGAUACCUCCCGGCGAUAUUAAAACAUUUUUGAAUCAGGUGCCUUGCGGUACGAAAGAGGCAAAUCCUAAUGUAUGGCAAAAUAAAUAUGUAAAGACGAAUUAUCAAAACAACUUAUUGACCAGUAUGGUAGAGACCCAUUUGGUUUCCGACUUGUGUGUAAUUGGUCCGAAGGGUUGCGGAAAAUCUACGACCGUACAGACUUUAGCCGAUUUACUAGGGUACGAAGUAGAACCUGUAGUACUUUUUCAGGACAUGACUUCGAGAGACCUUAUACAGCAGCGAACAACAUCAUCCAACGGCGAUACAGUCUGGAAAAAUUCGCCAUUAGUAGACGCGGCCUUGCACGGAAAAUUAGCCGUAUUGGACGGAAUAAAUAGAAUUCACCCGAGUACUUUGGCGGUACUGCAUAGAUUGGUUCACGACCGGGAACUGCAAUUGCACGACGGUAAACGUUUGAUCAGGGCGGACCGUUACGACGAGAUAAAAGCGGAAUACAACAAGUCGGACGAGGACAUGCGAAACUCCGGGGUGUUGCGUAUCGAUCCGUCGUUCAGGAUCGUAGCCUUAGCAGAGUCGCCGAUGAUCAACAGCCCGUCGGGGCAAUGGUUGAACUCGGAGCUGCUCAGUUUGUUCCUCUUCCACGAGAUGAGACCGCUCGCCAAAUCAGAGGAGUUGCAGAUCAUCCGAUCGAAGUACGGCAAGCCCUCCGAAGCGUUGUCGAGGAUUUUAGAAUUGGCGCACGUGCUCCGGUCCUCCAGUGAUCCGAUUCUGCAAUCGUUGGCGGCGUCUUUGAGUACCAGGCAGCUUUUGAGGAUAGCCGGGAGGAUGCACAAAUUUCGCGACGACGACGACGCUUACAACGCGGUGCAGCGCGCGUGUUUGGCCCGUUUUCUGCCGGCGGUGGCGAGAAAUGCCCUCGACGACUGUUGCAAACGAAUCGGUAUUGUCCGGGCGACGAGCGCGCCGAGCACCGACAUGAAGUGCGAAGUGACGGAGAACGCGGUUCGGAUCGGGAACACCAUUGUUGAUCGAUACCAGACGAACGCUCUGACCAAAGUACCUGAUAUCUUGUUCUAUGACGUGCCGCAGCACGUUGCUUUAUUGGAGAGGCUGCUGCAGGACUUCAGUUUGGGACAGCAUCUCUUGCUGGUCGGGAACCAGGGAGUUGGCAAGAAUAAAAUCGUUGACCGACUAUUGCAACUUCUGAACAGGCCACGCGAGUAUAUACAGCUGCACAGAGACACGACUGUUCAAACUUUGACUCUGCAGCCGAUGGUUAGGGACGGGAAAGUCGUGUACGAAGACUCACCGCUCGUGCAGGCUGUUAAACUGGGCCAUGUGCUCGUCGUUGAUGAAGCGGACAAAGCACCUACUAAUGUCACCUGCAUUUUGAAGACAUUAGUCGAAUCUGGAGAAAUGAUAUUGUCCGAUGGUAGACGUAUCGUUCCCGGUACUAAUACCAUGGCACAAAAUUCAAAUGCGAUAGCCCUUCAUCCAGACUUCAGAAUGAUAGUAUUGGCCAACAGGCCUGGCUUCCCAUUCCUGGGCAAUGACUUUUUCGGAGCUUUGGGCGAUCUGUUCAGCACGCACGCGGUCGAUAAUCCAAGCGUCGAAAGUGAGAUACAGCUUUUGAAGCAAUACGGGCCGGGCGUGAACGAGCAAAUAAUAUUGAAGUUAGUGAAAGCUUUUGGAGAAUUGAGGAACAUGGCCGAUCAAGGCUUAGUUUCCUAUCCGUAUUCGACUCGAGAAGUUGUUAAUAUCGUGAAACAUUUAGAGAAAUUCCCUAGAGAAUCUUUGGCUAAUGUAGUAAGGAACGUAUUCGAUUUCGAUCGGUACAGCAAAGAAGUUUUUGAUACCUUAGUAUCCGUCCUACGCAAACACGAGAUUCUUAUAGGAACUAGUAAUGUUACGUUAGCGAAAGAAAUUUCAUUCCCGGAAAACAAGACUCGUAUUGUCUGGGAUCUUUUAAAUGAGCAAACACCGUUAUCGGUCCAAGGAAGAUACAUUAAAUUUAAGUCGCCCGUCUAUUUGCGUCAAAACAGUUUACCAGUAGAUUGCGUUGAAGCUAGAUUAACGUUAUUUAGUGAAUUACAAAAGUAUUGGAACAUACCGAUCAACGAUAAUAGUGGAAUUGCUGGUUUGACGGUGGCUAAAGGCGUCAAAGGAGAUGGCACGGAUGAUACGAUUCAUAUUUUAGCGUUGAAUCCUUUGAGAAUCUUUAGCAUAAAUCAAGAGUCGGACGAAGUUCUAGAGACUGAGAUACAAGGUCUGAUAAACGCAGUCAGCAAGUCCAGGCAAGUGUUUAAUCUCACAACUGAUAAUGAACAAAAUGUUUUGGUACAUGAAGGAAAUACCAACGGUUUAUUAAAGAUUAACUUAAAUAACCGAACUGCUCAGCAAUUACAAUCAUCUUCCUUCAUAGACCUGGUUUCAGACAAAAUAUCAACGAAUUUCGAUAUGAAAAAAUAUUAUUGGAAGAUGAAUACAGAUUUGUUGCAGUCUCACAACCAACUCGUUUUUUAUACCCAUAAUUCAAAUAAAAUAGAAGUGAUCGAUUUAAAUUCGUCGAAUGCUUAUACGAUCCACUUACCAUUCCACUUGAAUUCAGUUUUGGUUGGCUCUGAAAGGAAAUGGCUGAUUCAAGACACGUUUGAGAACAACUACAUUCUUAGAAAGUCUAUCGACUCGUCCCCCUGCCCAAACAUUCUACAAGAAUUAAAGGAAUCCAUUAAGUCCCGUGAAGUAGUUGGUUCGUUACAGAGUUGCAGUAAAAACAACUUAAGUUCUAAUAUACUUAACGCAGCUCUGCAACAGAAAGUUGACGCCCCGAAUAGACUUCUGGCAACCGAGAAUACGUACGCCGGGAUUGCAGUUGGAUUCCCUGAUUUGGAUAGUUUUACAGAAUUUCAUUUUUGGCCAAGACAAAACUGGUACAGGAGGAACAUUAAUCCGCCCAUUGUUAUAGAGAACGGGCAAAUUAUUCGAGCUGUUGGACCAAAAGAUGUACCUAGAGAUAUUCUUGAUGGCCAACAUUUGGAAAUUCCAAACUAUUUAGAGAUUGUUGAUACCGCAGCCCAUAAAUUACGUUAUAUACCUGUACCACAAACAGCCGAUGUGUCGCACGUAGAUCAAAGAUUGAACACGUAUCAUGAUCCUUUACACGUUGCGCCGAAGUCGAAUCAUGAUUUGGUAACGGUUGACGCCAGUGGUUGCGUUCGUCUUUGGGAAACAUCCGUCGCGAAUAUCGCGAAGUCUUUGGAUACAUGGAGGAAGAUGGUCGACAAUGACAGUGAAACAUUACAGAUAACUAAAGAGAGGUAUUCCGGAUUGGACGUUAGUGCUCCAAAGCACGGUAAAGUUGACGAGAAAAAUGAGCCGCACGUUGGAGGAAAUACGUGGGCCGGAGGAACCGGAGGAAGAGAUACAGCUGGUCUUGGUGGGAAAGGUGGACCUUAUCGUUUGGACGCCGGCCAUACCGUGCACCAACUUAGCGACGAGGAAAAGAACGCCGUACCGGAACACAUAAAAAAGGCAGCGAGGGAAAUGGGGCUCAAGGUGUUUAAACAGCGCUUGAAAGAUAUUAAAAUGAGAGAGUAUGACCAUAAAGUGUACUCCAAGUUCAGUAAUGCUGUUCAGAAACAGGUUCAGGCCUUGAGGACAAUAAUCGGAAGUCUUCAAGCUAAAAGUAAAGAGCGAGAAUGGUGCAGGCAUCAAACUUCCGGCGAAUUAGAUGAUACAAAAUUAAUAGAAGGUUUAACGGGAGAGAGAACAAUAUAUCGAAGAAGAGCUGAGAAAGAACCGGAGGUUGGUACACCGCCAUCGAAACCGAAACGUUUGAAAUUAGUGGUCGAUGUAUCCGGUAGUAUGUAUAGAUUCAACGGAUACGAUGGGCGUAUGGACCGAGAGAUGGAGGCCUGUGUUAUGGUAAUGGAAGCGUUCAGCGGAUACGAAGGAAAGUUUCAGUAUGAUAUUGUUGGUCAUUCUGGAGAUCAAUAUGAUAUAGUUUUUGUCAAGCACACUCAACCACCAACGGAUAAUAAGCGAAGACUGGAAGUAAUACAGAUGAUGCAUGCGCACUCGCAGUUUUGUAUGUCUGGUGAUCAUACUCUGGAAGCAACUCAGCAUGCAAUUGCAAGCCUCGCCAAAGAGGAUUCUGACGAGUCUAUCGUUGUCGUAUUGUCGGAUGCCAAUUUGGAACGUUACGGGAUCAGACCGAAACAGUUUGCUGCAGUUCUUAUGUCGAAUCCGAGCGUCAACGCUUUCGCUAUAUUUAUUGGAUCUUUGGGCGAUCAAGCACCCAGAUUGAUGCGUAGUAUGCCAUCCAGCCGGUCAUUCGUUUGUAUGGAUCUCAAGGAUAUACCUCGCAUUUUGCAACAAAUCUUUGCAGUCUCUUUACUAAGCACUACACGAUCCAAUUAAAACACCGGUUUGGUAAAUAUGUACAAGUUUUAUAAAUAUUUGUAUCAAGACGUGAUGUAAAUAUUAAUUUUUAAUUAUAUUAGUAUGAAAGAUUAGUUUUUACCUGAAUUUAUGAAUGUAGAUACUGAAGUAUUAAAAAUACCAUAGAAAUAACAACACUAAUACAUGUCUAUAGAAAUACUUUAUUCCACAAGAGUGAACCAAAGAUAGAAUUCAUUGGUACAGCACACGACUGUACAUACAGAUCAAAAUAAAAUAA